AUGACUUCCUACAGGUUAACAGCUGGUGCGGACCAGGCAGAAAUAGAAGUGACUGUCGACGAAAAAUGCAUGACAUUCCCUAGUAAAAAUGAAAAUUUAUGUGUUGAGUUUGAGGACCUGGUAGCCAUACUGGACCAGGAUACUGGAAAUAGUCAGCAGUCUGUUACAAUACAUUAUAUAAAACAUUCAGGAUUUUUACUGUCAAAGGAGAUUGUCCAGCUCAGUGGUGACCCUACAGUUCUCAAACAGUUUCAAGAGCAUGUGCAAGCCAAAUUUAUCAAGGUACCGGCGUCACAAUCGAGACACUUCCUUGUGUUUAUCAACCCUAUUGGAGGAAAAGGAACAGGAGAGAAGACGUAUAACGAUACUAUAAAACCUCUGUUUGACCUGGCAGGCAUCACAUGCGAGGUGGUUGUGUCGGAGAGACCUGAUAUGUGUACAGAGGUGAUGGAAUCUCAGGACUUAACAAAUAUUGACGGUAUCAUUGUCUGUGGAGGAGACGGCACUCUGUCUGAGGUAACAAAUGUUCUACUAAGGAGAACAAUGGUGGCUGCAGAUCUGGACUUUAAUGAUUCUAAAGUCAAAGUUCCACCAACGGCCAUUCCAGUGGGACAUAUACCUACAGGUAUCAUUAUCACAUCCAUGUAAAUCUUAUUCCUAAAAUAACAACCGUAAAUAAGAUAUCUUUGUUGUUAUUGGAUACCAUUAUAUUUUCCUUUCAAAAGGUUUGUGUCCAAUCACACUCAUUGAAGUUUGAAGGAUUCAUACCAUUAAUUUUUAACAUUUUCUGAUUUGAAUUUUAUACACUGGUAUUAUUAUUGUAAAUGUGUCUUAAAUGGCAAUAUGAUAAUGGAGACUAAUGUGAUAUUAUAUGUGUUAAGUUGCUGAUGUGAUGUUAUGAUUUGAAGGUAUAGCUAAAUAAAAAAAGUCAAAAAAAACUUUGUUGAACACUCAGUUCUUACAAAGAAGCAACAUUUUAUGCAAUAGAUACAUGUAUAUAGACAACAAUAAUUCAGAGAGUAAGCUUAUAACUACAUACACUAUGAGGACAAGCGAGUAUAACUACAUACCCCAUGAGGACAAGCGAGUAUAACUACAUACCCCAUGAGGACAAGCUAGGAUAACUACAUACCCCAUGAGGACAAGCUAGUAUAACUACAUACCCCAUGAGGACAAGCUAGGAUAACUACAUACCCCAUGAGGACAAGCGAGUAUAACUACAUACCCCAUGAGGACAAGCUAGGAUAACUACAUACCCCAUGAGGACAAGCUAGGAUAACUACAUACCCCAUGAGGACGAGCGAGUAUAACUACAU